AAAGCUGGGGUGCUAUCUUUUCAAAAGGUACAUGUUUGCAUCCGUUUCGGUACCUUAAAAGGUACAUAUUAGAACUUAAGGUGUCCAUGUUUGAACCUAAUAGGUACAAAAGUAAAACGGCAAAACUGUCUGUUUGAUUAAAUCCUGUACAAUGUGCAAGAAAAUUGUAUUUUUUUCAUGUGAUUUCAGAUCAAUGCCUCGUUUCCUGUCCUCAUUUAAACUCUCUCUUCAAAGCUCUCACGAGAAAACAUAAACAGAAAUGUACAACAAUGUAGUUAAAAGAGACUAAAGUACUCCAUUUCUCAUUUAGUUUAGCCUGACGUAAAAUGUUGUCCAUGUAAAACGCAUAUAUAUUGCAUAUCUAAAAUAACAAACUAAAUAUAUAAAUAAAAAGACAAUUCAAAGUAUUUGUAAUGCAUAUGAAUUGUAUUAAAACAACACGUAUUUUAGUGUAAUAAUUAAAUCAUAUUAAUGUUUUGCGAAAAAUUAAGCGUAAGGUUAUUUCUAGUUCUCGUUUAGUUUAACCUGAUGUAUUAAAAAGACUAAAAUUGAAACUGAAAUAAAAAAAAUUAUAAAAACUUAAUAGACAUACUGUAAAAAAAUGAUAAAAACACAACAAAAAAAUAAACUAAAAUAAAAAAUGGUCAUGGCAAUACUGUCUCUCUCUCUUUCUAAUUAUAUAUGUAUAUAUAUUUAAUUGAAAUAUUAUCAUAAAGUCAAAUAUCAUGUUAAUUUGAUUCGUUUGGUCCACUCGUAAUGUUAUGCAUCACUGAUAUCACUUCACACAGUAAACGUUGGGUUUAUAAUUUUAGAUGAAACAGGAGUUGUUCUUGUAAACACUUGCGAGCGUUUGUUUGGUGCGUCAACAGAGAAUAUAAGACACUGUUUCUGUACAAAUACUGACCGAGACGCGUGCGCACAAAUCCACCAAACUAGUUCCUAAACUCUAUUUAGACAACAGCGCAGUAUAAUACUCCGACGACGCGGCCGCAGCUCUCUUUACGAAUGCAAACAUGUCCUGUAAGACCGAGAGGACAGCUACGACACCGCAGACGUUAACCAAACGAGUCUGACCUGCUGUCAGCCGGCGGGAUCCCGGAGAAUUAAAUGGGGAAUAGAGGCAAGCGACUGAUACAAAAGCUGUUUUUGGGGGCAUCUGUGAUUUGCAUCAUUGCUUUCUACUGUUUGACUACAUCAGACCUCCUCGCUACACACAGCGUCCCUCUGGCCCCUUGUUCACCGAACGUUUCAGUGCGCAGCGUUCCGCGGCGAACCCCCGAAGCAGACGUGACCUGCGCGCCUAAAGUGGACCUGAUGUUCAUGAAGACCCACAAGGCGGCCAGCAGCACGCUGAUGAACGUUCUCCUGCGCUUCGGAGAAAAGCACCAGCUGAGGUUCGCCCUCCCAGACGGCCGUAACGACUUCUUCUACCCGUCGAGCUUCUUCCGCACCCAGGUGAAAAGCUACCGGCCGGGCCUGUGCUACAACAUCGUGUGCAACCACAUGCGAUUCAACGCCCCCGAGGUGGAGAAGCUGCUCCCGGCGGACGCCUUCUUCUUCACCAUCCUGCGAGAUCCGGCAGAGCUCUUCGAGUCUUCGUUCCACUACUACAAAGCCUACGUGCCUCAAACGUGGAGGAUCCCUGGAGGAAACCGGCUGGAGGAGUUUCUCAGCGAUCCGAGGCGCUACUUCAACCCGCAGGGAAUCAACGCUUUCUACCUCAGGAACCUGCAGCUUUUCGACUUCGGCUUCGAGAAUAACUUGGAAGCCGAUGACGCGAGAGUCCGAGAAGGCAUCGAGUACAUCGCGAGGCGCUUCCGGCUGGUUCUAAUCUCGGACCACUUCGAGGAGUCGCUCAUUCUGCUCAAAGACGCCCUGUGCUGGGAGAUGGACGACUUGCUGUUUUUCAAACUCAACGCCAGAAACGUCUCGUCCGUGUCUCCCAUGAGCCCUGAGCUGAGGGCCCGAGCUCGGGAGUGGAACGGAGCCGACUGGAGGCUUUACCGCCACUUUAACGACACUUUCUGGGCGCUCGUGGAGAACUACGGACGCAGCCGAAUGGAGGAGCAGGUGAUGGAGCUGCGCAGGAGAAAUGCAGAGAUGGAGCACAUCUGCAUUGAAGGCGGAGGAGCUGUGGAGGCAGCGGACAUCACAGACAGACGCAUGAAGCCCUGGCAGCCCGCCGGGAAAGCUUCCAUACUCGGGUACAACCUGAGGAGCGACAUCGAGCCAAAGUACGAAGAACUCUGCAAGAAGAUGCUGACCCCCGAGAUCCAGUAUCUGACUGAUUUAGGAGUCAAUCUGUGGGUCACUAGGUUAUGGGGCUGGUUUAAGGAUGGUGUUGCUCAGUUUGGGUUGAGUUAGUCUAAUUGCUUCAUGUACGUUGGCAGUGUUCAUUUGUUGGACUUACAUUAACAAUACACUCUUAAAGAGCUUUAAAGGAGUCUUUACAGCGGUGCCACAGAAGGAACAUUUUUGGAAGCAAAAAAUUACAGAUCAAAAUUAAUGCAUAAAAUAAGCUUUUUCUUUAUUUAAAAGUGUACAAACCGAGAAAUAAUGGUUAAAAUAAUAAAAAAAAAAAACAGCAGAUGUGGUAACCCUGCAUAUAUCAUGCAAAUAAUUCUAAUUUUAUAAUUUUUCUACAGUAAAAUUACAUAAACUAAACAUCUCUCAAAUUUAUGGUAAAAAAGCGGUAGCUGUGGUUGCCAGAAUUUUACUGUAAUAAAAAAAAGUAGCAGCAUCUUAAUUUAACUUUUUUUACAUUUUAUUGCAAGUUUUACGGUUGUAAUUUUAAUUUAAAUGCCAUAAUUUCAUUAACUGAUAUAAUAAGCAACCUACUGAAUAAUAAGCUGAUGUUUGUAAUACAAAAAAGCAGUGUUAUUUACACAAACACUAAACACCAAUACGGUUUUUCACCAUAUACCGUUUAACAGGUUUUUACUGUAGCAUUUUUAGUCUUUUCACAGUGUAUAGUUACAUAAAUCAAUUAUUAAUUGCAAUAAAUAAAAAAUGUAAACAUAGUAAAUAAUAAAAAAGGGGAAGUAAAUCAGUUCUAAAUAAAUACACAAUUACACGCUCUAACAGUACUACGGUGCUAUAAUGAAUAGAAAUAAACUUCUUAGAAGCUAAAUAUUUUUAAUUUAGACCUUUAUAACAGUUUUCAUUUAUGAAAGGAUAUUAUCUCUCACAGAAUAUAUUAGCCUGUAUUAAAACUUAAAAUGCUGACAUGCAUUGCUAAGAAUUAAUUUGGUGAUUCUCUUGCAUUCUCAGAUUAGACAUUCAAAUAGUUGUAUCUCAGACUAAUAUUUUUCUGUCUUAUUUUAUUUGUUCAUCUUAUUUGUUUAGCUUUCAGAUUGUGUAUACAUCUCCAUGAAACAAUAUAACGACCCAUGUGAUUGGUUUUGCGGUCCAGGGGCACAAUUUGACUGUCAUAGGGCACCCCCUGUUGGCCAAUGAGGGAAGAGAGACCAUUAUAGAGUUAUUUCUGUAAUCUUUGAUUUUAGCUAGCUGUGACAAGCACGCGCACGCACGCGCACGCUCAAAUGAUUUCUCAGAGUUCUGAAGCGCGCCUAAAAAUUUUGAGCCGGAAAAUAAAAAAGGGAUAUUUAAUUGACUAAGUGUACCAGAGAAGCAUUAUUAUUUCAUGAUAUUACAAUUAUAUUGCUUUCUAGUGCAGAGCAAUCCACAUACAGUGGAGUGAGUAUUUGCGUUUUAUUAUGUGAUAAUAAACUACUG